CCAUCAAUGUUACAAUAUUUUAGGUGCCCUUACACGAACCAAUUACACGCCGCAGCGCGGAUCCUUGGCAUGUUCCACUAGUGUACCAAGCGGCAUCUAGGUACCUAUGUACCUAACUUUGAUUAGAUAGGGCAGAUAACAACAAUCCAAUCCCUGCAGAGAAAAGUUAAAGCUCGCUGGAGUUUUGUCUCUACCGCCGACGUCGUCUUCCAUUCCAGCGCUCCGUUUAACCCGCAAGACUCACCGAGGAUAGAGACCUACAUACUUGGCCGACUCCCCGAAAAAACGGCAAGGCGUCCAAUGUUUAAUUUGCAGCUCAGCUAUAGAGCUCUAUCGACAUUUUGCUCCUGAACCCCUCUCGACGAGCCCGCAAUUUCGAAAGUCGCAUAACCCCUCCACGUACCGUCCCGCUAUCCCCUCGCUUCAACGACUUGACACAUAGCCAAUCGUUUAGACCCCGAACGAAAAAAAGAAAAAAAAACCACUUACAUACCUAAGGUACCUACACACAUAGAAAUACGCAAUGGCGUCCUCGCCAUCACAACCGCAAUCCGCGGCACCGCCACAGUCCACCCCCAGCCCACAACCUCCUCCCGCCAACCCCUUCGUCCACAACGUCGCGCUAGGCGUAACCCCCAUAGCGCUCUUCGCACUAUUCCUCCCGCCCCGCCGUCUAGACCUGCGCGCCCUGAUCCUCGGGGGCGUCGCGCUGUGGGGCACGGACCGGCUCGUCGCCGACUACAGCGGCACCUCGUCGCUGCGGCGCAUGGCGCAGCGCCUGGAAAGCAUGUCGGGCGCCGAGCUGCCGGAGAAAGCCAAGGAGAUGCAGGCGCGGCUGCGGGCCGAGCGCGCGCGGCGGGCGCAGGAGGGCCUCACGGACGAGCAGAAGAGGAUGUUGGAGGAACAUCGGCGGAAGGGGGGGAAGGAGGAGGAGGAAAGGGGGCUGUUGGAGAGGGUGUGGAUGGGGGAUAGUGGUGAGGACUGGAAGGCGAAGAGGGACCAGAGGGAGAAGGAGGCGCUGAGCGAGGGCGGCGGCGGGUACUGGAGUCUGAUUGCGGAUCAAGUUUCCGAAGUGUGGAAUCAGGGGAAGAAGAAAGAGGGUGAUGAUGAGAAGGAGAAAGAAAGGGAGAGCGAGUCGAAGAAGGCUUAAUUGGAUUAUGAGAAUGGACACGGACUUACAAGAGUAUUAACGAGCAAGUUGUACAUUACGAGAUCUGCAUACAUAUAAGGGGAACAUAGUGGACUGGAGUUAUCACGGGUUUCCGGGGGGGACCGGGGGGGAGGGGGCCUAGGUAUAUGAAAAUCCGAGCGAAUAAAACGACGCAUCUCUGUUAAAAAACUAUGACCUAAAAUCCUCGACCUUCUUUCUUCGGAAUCUGCUCAUAACCACGCCGUUAAAAU